AUGUCUCAUAGGAAGUUCGAAGUCCCCCGUCACGGCUCGUUGGGUUUCUUGCCUCGCAAGCGUACCCGCCAUCAUAAGGGUAAGGUAAAGUCGUNNNNGGUCGUGAGGCUUGGCGGUAACCUUUCUAUAGAGGUGCGGGAUUACGCGCAUUGUGGUGUUCAUUAA